GGUUUUGGGCUCGUGAAGUGGGCAAAAUGAUCGGCCUGGAGCAUCCUCUCAUUCCGGUCCAGCACCAGUACCUCGUCACGUCCACCAUCCCCGAGGUGAAGGCUUUGAAACGAGAACUCGCUGUGCUCCGUGACCUGGAAGGAUCCUACUACGUGCGCCAGGAGAGGGAUGGACUACUGCUGGGCCCCUACGAGCGUCAGGAGAAGAUGAGAGUUCAGGACUCCUGGGUCACUGACGGGGUCCCUCCAGGUUUUGGGAAGGAGCUCUUUGAGGCCGACCUGGACCGGAUAACAGAACACCUGGAGAUUGCCAUGGAGAUGAUCCCGGUCUUGAAAAAGGCUGACAUCGUCAACGUGGUCAACGGCCCCAUCACCUACACCCCUGACAUCCUGCCCAUGGUGGGGCCCCACCAGGGGGUCCGCAACUACUGGGUGGCGGUAGGCUUCGGCUACGGCAUCAUCCACGCUGGCGGGAUCGGCAAGUACCUCAGCGAGUGGAUCCUGCAGGGGGAGCCUCCUUUUGACCUCAUAGAGCUGGACCCCAACCGCUACGGCAGAUGGACCACUCCCCAGUACACCGAGGCCAAAGCCAGGGAGUCCUACGGGUUCAACAACGUGGUCGGCUAUCCUAAAGAAGAGCGCUUCGCCGGGCGGCCGACGCAGCGGGUCAGCGGGCUCUACAGCAUCCUGCAGCCCAGGUGCUCCAUGGGCUUCCACGCAGGCUGGGAGCAGCCGCACUGGUUCUACAAACCUGGCCAGGACACCCAGUACAGGCCCAGCUUCCGGCGCACAAACUGGUUUGAGCCUGUGGGGUCCGAAUAUGAACAGGUUAUGCAGAAGGUGGGGGUGAUCGACCUGUCACCCUUCGGGAAGUUCCACAUCAAAGGCCGAGACUCCGUCACACUGCUGGACAAUCUCUUUGCCAACGUCGUCCCCAAGGUGGGCUUUACCAACAUAAGCCACAUGCUGACCCCAAGAGGCCGAGUGUAUGCCGAGCUGACCGUGUCUCACCAGGCUCCCGGCGACUUCCUGUUGGUAACUGGUUCCGGGUCAGAGCUCCAUGACCUCAGAUGGAUUGAAGAAGCAGCCAUCAGAGGCGGAUAUGAAGUUGAAAUCAGCAACACCACCGAUGAGCUGGGCGUCCUUGGCGUGGCCGGGCCCCGGGCAAGGCAGGUCCUGCAGAAACUGACCUCGGAGGAUCUCAGCGAUGGCGCCUUCAAGUUCCUCCAGGUCAAGCCCCUCAAGGUCGCCCAUGUUCCCGUGACGGCCAUUAGGAUCUCAUACACCGGCGAGCUGGGCUGGGAGUUGUACCACAGGCGCGAGGACUCGCCGGCCCUCUAUGAGGCCCUCAUGAACGCCGGCCAGGAGGAGGGCAUCGCCGACUUCGGGACCUACGCCCUCAACGUCCUGCGCCUGGAGAAGGCCUUCCGCGCCUGGGGCGCUGAGAUGAACUGCGAUACCAAUCCCUUGGAAGCUGGCCUGGAACCUUUUGUCAAGCUGGAUAAGCCUGCAGACUUCAUAGGGAAGCACGCCCUGAGACAGAUUAAAGCCUCGGGGCUGAAGCGGAGACUGGUCUGCCUCACCUUGGCCACAGAUGACGUCGAUCCGGAGGGGAACGAGAGUGUGUGGUAUGAGGGCAAGGUGGUCGGCAACACGACGUCGGGGGCCUACAGCUACAGCAUCCACAAGAGCCUGGCCUUCGCCUACGUCCCUGUGGCGCUGGGCGCUGUCGGGCAGCAGGUGGAAGUGGAGCUGCUGGGCAGGAACUACCCGGCCGUCGUCACCCGGGAGCCGCUGGUGCUGCCGGAGCCCGUCCGGAGCCGGCUGCAGAAGAAAGGCGAGAAGCGCCUGGGCUGAGCACCCAGCCGCCGCGAGGUCUCCUCGGUGAGGCGGAGCGGCGGCCAGGGACUGACCGCUUUCCAGCCGUGAUGAGAAAUGCCUGUUCUCAUGAGACCCAGUCGCAGAGCGCGAGGCGUUUGCUGGCGUCUGAUCCUCAUCGUGGCUGAGCUUCAGGACGCUGCAGUCCCACACACGUACGCGUGCAGCUUGUGAUCCCUGAAAAUGAAUUUACAUUAAAAACGGAGGUGGGGCUGCUGGAUUAUUUCACUGAGAAA